AGCUUUGACACGCUUUAAAGUUCAGCAAAUCAAGCAAAGCUGAUUAUCGUAGGACUUAGACAACAACACAGGCCGGGUUCGAUCGACGAAUAUUCAGCUAAGGAGCAACGCCAUUCUCCGGAGAUUGGGAGAAAACUGAGUUGAAUUGUGCGCUCCGCAUGUUAAAAUUCUGUGAACGAAUUCCAAUGCCUCCUGUGUCUGAAAAAACAACUAAAGUUGAAACGGCUUCGUCUCGAGGUAAAACAUCAUUUCUUCGCAAUUUCUACCAUCUAUCGUUAUCAUAACUGACGAUAUCUAAGUUCCUUGCAAUAGUAUUGGAAAAAUUAUAGAGCUAAUUUAUUUCCAACUUCUAAAGUUGACACAGUAGGUCUAAUUGAAUAGUUUGCAUGUAUUGAACUUUCGGACAGCUAUCGAGUACAAUCUGUUGCAGUCUAAACUGUUAAUGAAAACGGUCAAUGUCAAAGUCUGCAGCCCCUUCCCCGUAAAACGGAAAUUGGGGGAGGGUACCCUUCCACGUUUCGUUGCGUCGAAUAUAGUUGACACGGUAUAAACUUAGUUUGGUAAAACAUUCAUGUUUUGAAUAUUUCAUCAGGAUAGCACUUGGCGAAAAGGUAUUCCUGGUCUGUUAUAUAGACAGACUUAACACUUUUCAGAUUUCAGAGAGGCUUCCCUUAGCCUACGAACUAUGUAAAACACACUUUGGGAAAUGUUAGUGGGUUAAAGGCUUAAGUCGUUUAAGGCUUAAGUCGUUUGAGGAUGAGUGCCCUGAUUUCAAAACGCUUUGCCGUCCCUGUCUUGAAAUAAAAAGAUGAUGUUAUUUUGGAUGAUUUUCUAUUAAGGAUCGAAGUGGAACUGCUUUCCUCUCUACUAGGUUACACGGCACAAAUAAAGGAAUUUGUCGAGACUACCAUAACCAUAGAAAAAGAAACUACGGGACUCGGUUUAGGAGUUGUUGGUGGAUCCGACACAUAUCUGGUAUGAGAGUUAUCAGAGGAAGUUGAUGAUUAUUACUCGUUUUCAUUUUAGAUAAGAAGAAACUCAGCAAGCUCGCGUUUGAAAUCAUGCUCCAUGUGCCAUCUAUGUUUUUGAAAAUUCAUUUUUAGAAUUUGGAGACAAGCCCACAAAUUGUUCAUUAAUGAUCUUAUUGCUUGCAAAAUUAACCAGACGCGGACUCAAUUUGGUAGCAGGUCAUUCAGUGACUCAAAUUUUGAUAAGCACGUAGUGCUGCAAAAGUAUAAAGUGCAUAAGCAGCGAAAGAACGAUGCGGGAGCUCCAGGUCCAUUCAGGAUUAUAUAUGGUGUGUCAUGUUUACGUACGAUUAAAAUACUUAACGCUAAUGUUGUGGAUUCAUCAUUUUCAGGGUGGUGUGGUCAUAAACGUGAUUGAACCUGGAGGUGCGGCAGCUAAGGAUGGAAGAAUUGCAGUCGGAGACCAAAUUAUUAUGGUAUGUUAACGAGACAGAAUAAAACUUAGUGAAGAAUCCCCUCAAAGAGCUACGUUACGUAGUCAAGGCUAUGAUUAAAUUAGAUAGAUCCUAAGGACUAGCACCAACUGUCUUAUGUCUUUAGGUAAAUGGUGAAAACCUGCAGCAAAUGAACCAUAAAAAUGUGGUCUCUGCUCUGAGGUUAGCUCCAUCUCCAGUAAGUCUAACCAUCUUGCGAGAGGAUCCCGAGAAGAUUUUCACUUCAAUCGAAGGUAACAAGUUGUCGUAAUAUUCAACAAAUCCUUUUAAACAAACUCAAUGAUUUUCAAAACAGAUGAUGAAUAAUAGAUUAUCAAAGUGUUGUUGCGUAUACCCCUUUAGUUGACCAGAGGAUUGUUAAAUCUCCUUCUGUCAAAAAUAGAACCAUCGACCAUCUUUGAAGUGAAUUUGGUGAAAUCCUUCACUGAAUACUUGGGACUAAGCAUUCUCGGGAGAAAGUAAGUUUCCAAAUAAUUUAACCAUAUCUUCUACCAUACAUUAUGAUGUUUUGAUAAUGAUAUUACAUAAAUUAAUAGCAACGAAGAAAUCACAUAAUCUAAAUGAAAUAUAGAAUUUGGCAAAGAUUUGCUCUCUCUCUCUUUUAUCUCCACGAUCGAGUGACCCUGAUUUACAUUUUUAAAAAUGGAGACUCUGUGCAGUUUACAAAAGACUCAGUGUGCGAAUUUGUUUCAACUGUAACAGAAUAAAAAAUUUAUCAUUUGGUUUCACAGUCGUUAUUUUAUUUCUCUCCUGGUCAUAAUUACAGGGAUAAGAAAGGUGUAUUUGUUAGUUAUGUGGUAAGUGACAUUUUUAUUGUCUUGAUAAAAUUUACCUUAUCCCCUAUGUAAGGAUCUGUUUCAUUCAUAUGAUCCCCUCCUUGGUAGUUAAUAGACAGUCAAUUUUCUCUAGUCUCACCUCUAUACUCUGUUGGCAAGGACUAAUCCGCCUCGGGUCCACCCUAAAAACAAUGUGAUUGCCCCAAAAUCCUUCAAACUCCCCCCUCGCGAUAGACAAAAAACUGGUCCCUGACGGGCCGGACUUGGGCGACGAUUUACAAGAUCUGCAUGACCUCAUAUUUCACAAAACCUAAUACUCUGAAAUAGCACAAGGUUAUUUAAAUCAUGUUAUUAUUCUCUUAUUUCAGUCAGAGGACAGCAUUGCAUACAAAGAGGGAUCGAUCUAUCAGGGGGACAGGAUUCUGGAGGUGAACGGUGUGAAUCUUAAGAAAACAACACAAGAAGAGGCCUGUAAAGUUUUACAGGUCAGAAGAAAACUGUUAGCUCCGAACGUGGUGUAGCCUGAGUACCAGUCUUUCCAAGGGGAGUGGGGGGAUGGGGAGAGAAAAAGUAGAAAAGCCCUUCCUCAUGCUCUCGUUUGUCUCCACUUCCCCUUCCACUGGAAGGCCUGGUACUCAGACUAAAUAUGGAAAAUAAAAUCUGCUUACGAGACUGAUUUGGAAGGUUGUUUUAGCUUAUCCUGGUUUCUGUGGUAUGGUUUGUUUAAGAGUAUAGCCAUUUCUGUUGGAUGGGAUGUACAACGCUUUUUAUCCCACAUCAUUAAAAGUUACAUGAGAACCAUUUAUACCACUGGGUUGAGACAAGCACCUUGAGAGCUAGGCAUGCAAAAGUUUGAGACAACUACGAAAGUUUUGUCUGAAAGAUUUUUUCUUUUAAUACUAAUAAUAGUGAUGGUAUAGUAUGAUCGUCCCAGUGAGUGUAGUCCUGAGAGGUACCGUUAUCGAUAAUAGUGACUGACAUUUCCACAACCUGAGUGAAAGUUAUCAUCAGAGUCAAGCGAAUAGUCGUUGUCAGUCGAAUGUACUAUGUCCGAUAAACCAAUUGCUCAGUUAAGCUAUAAUGUUAAUGGCUCUAAGACUCAAGUGGCGUAAGUUGAUCAUAAUAAUAGUAAUAAGUUAUUUAAAAAGUCAUAUAUUUUCAUUAACUAUAGCGGGUCUUGGGACACUUUACUGAAAGCUUUUAUUAGACUGCAUGAGAGUUAAUCGCAAUGAAUAAAAACAUUUUAUGGCAAUUCAAAGAUGGUAUCAGGAUAAUAAUCUUUCGUUUUGAUCCUACCUAGCGCACUUACGGAACUGUCAAGCUGAAGAUUGGACGUAUUUCUUUUCUACAUUCGUCUCUGUGCUCACCCAAAACCAAAACCUCCUACACCAACCACGCUCUUGAGGACGAUGGAGGUAAAGUUUUUCGUGUUGCACUGAGAAAAUUAUUCUAGCCACUUUGCAAUACGCACAUGGCGGGACAUGGGCAGGAAGUUCUCGACUGAGAGUGCUUCAAUAGCGUUGUAUUUGUCGUUUGGGGCAUGUAAGGCUGUUUGGGGUUGUAUCCGAUUUUCCACUUUGCUAUGACAAAGGUGGAAUGGGAAGAGAUGCACCCAUCGGCCACACCCUGUUUGCAAUCUUCCUUUGAUGUCAGAAUUUGGGGGUGAUUUAAAGAUAGUCUAAGAUUGAUGAAUCAAGAAAUACGCCUUGAGAAUUGGUCCUGUCUUGGUUCCAACGAAGAUUACCAAUUUUUUUUUCAGGUCUCAGCGAGGAGUUUCGUCGCUGCAAUAGUGUGGGCUCUGUGCACAAGAAAAAGCGCAAAAUCCCACUUGACUUUAAGAACCAGGUCCCCAUCAGACGACGGUCAGUAAGCUGCAGAGAUUACAGCCAGGCCUCGGGAAUUGACCUUGAUGGACUGGAGCGAGCCUCCUCUGAGCAUGACAUUAGAAGUCAGUGUCAGAGUUUUUCCUCAGUUGUUAUUGCUGUUUUUGCUUUGUUGUUGUUGUUGUUUUUGUUUUGAUGUUGUUGCUGCCGAUGCCGUUGCCGAUGUCGAAGGCUUACACGAUGGCGGGUACAGAAUACUAUUUGUCGAAGAAAUAUCGUUACUUCUCAGUUUCAGCUUUAUUAAGAAAUGUCCAUCAUAUAUAUUCCUCAAAUCCCCAACCUAACCCUUGGCCCUUUCAGUCGACUUGUCUUACGUGAAUGGAAUCACGGUUCCUAGGCUCGUAGGAAAGUACCCAAGAUUAUUCAGGUUCGUUAUUUGCAAUAUGUAUCAAUCAAUACCAUCUUUAACAAUCGCUGCCCUUUUUCUUUUCUUGUUCCCUCUCUAAUAUUUACCUAUGUUAACAAAAGAUUCUGUGAAGGCUUGCUCUACCCAUAAAGCACGCUCUAAAAAAGAAUUGUCCUCCUUACUUUCUUUAGGUUUCCUUUUAGCUAUCUUCUGUUAGGCAUACCUCCGUAAUAUUUGAUUUGAAAACAUCUUUUGAAGGGAUAUGAUUUUAAGUGAUGUGUUAUUUUCGGUCAUGUCAGAUUUGUAUUAAAGUUUCAUUUUUCAUUCAUUUACAGAAACCAAUCAACCUAAGCAUCUCAAAAGAAGCAAGGAGCCUCAAGAGAGAUUUCGAUACGUGUAUCCAGAACGGAUUGAGCUCUCGUUCAACGAGCAAAUCAAUCAAGGGUCUUAUCAGAGAGAAGGUAGUUUCUCUUAACACGAGUUUUGAUUUCGUGUCGAAAAAUGAAAAGUAAAGUUAUUUGAACGAUCAAUCAGAGCAAUUCACCAAUUUACUUUAUCAACGCCGCUGAUGACAUUAAAUUAUCGUGUAAUACCCUCCAUCAACGCAGCUUAACAGUUUCUCUAGAAACUUACCUCAUUUAUUCGUUAAACUGUUUAUACGUCUGUUUUAUGUUUUAGAUUACGUAUGAAAAGAAGCCGAAACGCCACCAAGCGUAACAGAAAAGGAGAAAAUACUAGCAGUGACUCGGUGAUUAACAAAUUUUAAGAGUAUAUAAGAGAUAUGAAGGUAAAGCAAGGCAAGAAUAGGCCACAAGAGAUGACUCUACCACGAAAUUAGAAAUUUGUUUUGAAAGAUGAACAGGAUACUAUUAAAAGUCAUCAGUGAUUCAUGUUUAGUCAUCGUUAUGAUCCAGCGAAUGAAGAGUUUUACCUACCUUGUACAGUGUAAUAAACUGCACCAAAUUAAUGUACUGACCAGUAGCUUUCAUAUGAAUGGUCACACACAAGGGUUUGAUCCACGAACUUAGAACUACCUCGUGCAGCAUUAUGAACAAUACUACAUGAAGGUACUGCUCCUGAAGGAACCUUCAUUCGGAGAGUCACUCGCUGGCAUUUCAUCCACGUGCUUAAAAGUUAGAACCACCUUGUUUCAUGUACAGCGUAGUAAACAGC